UGGUUGGCUCUGGAAGCUCCGGGAAUCCUCAUUCAUCGGUUUGGCUUUGCUUCGGGGUUUAUUGUUUCUCUCCGUUUGGAAAUAGAACAGGGAAAACUCACCGGCGACAUGGCAGGAGGAAAAGCUGGAAAGGACAGUGGUAAAGCCAAGGCGAAGGCCGUGUCUCGCUCCCAGAGGGCUGGACUCCAGUUCCCGGUGGGUCGUAUCCACAGACACCUGAAAACCAGGACCACCAGCCAUGGCAGAGUGGGAGCCACCGCAGCCGUCUACAGCGCCGCCAUCUUGGAGUACCUCACCGCUGAGGUGUUGGAGUUGGCAGGGAACGCCUCCAAGGAUCUGAAGGUGAAGCGUAUCACUCCACGUCACUUACAGCUGGCCAUCCGCGGAGAUGAGGAAUUGGACUCCCUCAUCAAGGCUACCAUCGCUGGAGGAGGUGUGAUCCCUCACAUCCACAAGUCUCUGAUUGGAAAGAAGGGCCAGCAGAAGACUGCAUAGAGGAAGUGACCUCCCACACCACCAGGAAGGAAUGGGCAGCCAUGUUCUUUUUGUUUCUCAUAUUUUUGGGGGGUCAUUUUGUAACCGUAGUUGUAGUCUCUCGAGGGAGAUGUGUAGUCUUUGAGGUAUGUGUUGAUUUGUACUGUUUUAAAGGGGAAAAGGGGUGUGUUUAGGGUAGGGGUUUUUUCAGACAAGAAACUUGUGCAAUAACCACGUUUCCAUCCACAGUUUUUAUGCGAGUAAAGUCAUAGUGUAUAAAAAAAAAUUAGAAUAAAAAAUCAAGACAACUGUGAUGGAAACAGGAAGUUUCAGUACAAUUUUAUAAAUGCCAACAGACAAUUUGUUAGUUCGACAUGGUGGGAUCUUUUAGUGUCGGUAAAAUGUAUUAUGAGAGAAUUGCCGGUGAAACGCCUUUAUGCGCAAAUAUUGAUAUAAUAACCAUCAUAUCGAAGUAAACUUGGAGUCACGCAAUGAUAUGCUGUGUGGUCCUCCCACUAGGACUCUGGAAACCAUGUAGUUUAUUAGGCAAUAGAUGAAAUGUUAUGAUGAACGUCACAGGGUGGUGAAAGUGCACGGUGAUGAGCUUGAUGCUCCUUUCCAAUAAAUACGGAGUUGGCACAUUUGCUAUUUAAUGCAACAUUUUUUGUGACAAAACUAUUGAUAGAGUUGAAAAUGCGAUGGAAACACAACUUUUGAUUAUUUUUUUUUCAGUACAUGAAAACGUAAGCAAAAAAGUACAUUUUGUGUGCACUACGUCAUCACGCACUGAUUUCUAUCCGCUCAAAGUCAGUUGGGUGGAAACUCCACUGAUGGUAAAAUGUGCAUAUUUUCUUUAUGUACAUUUGAGUAUUCGCAUGAAAAUCUGUCGCCAAUUGGAUGGAAACCUAGCUACUGACCAACAAAUGCUGAAGUUCUUGUCUUGUUCUGAAAAACUUUGAGUUUAUUGGAUUUUGCUCCAAACUUGUUUUAUACCUACAAAAGUUAAAGUCUUUAAAAAAAACUA